AACAAUUUCUUCACCUGCAAAAUCAAAAAUUUCCGUCUCUUUCACUCACUUUCAAGUUUCACCUCUUCUCCGUGUGCUCGCAACUCUCUCUCUCUAGAAAACAACUUUCUCCCUCUAAAACUCUCGCUUCAAAACUGUGUAUAGAAAUCCCUCUCUAGGAAACUCCCCCUCGUCUACCUUCCCGUACGUUUUAGAUUCAGAACUUUAAUACUCAUUCUUGAGAGUUUCAAACCCUAAUCUAUCUGUAUAUUUUACAUACGCGUACAUAUAUAUAUAUAGUUUCGUGCUUAGUCCGUUGUUUGGUAAUGGCGACAUCGGCGUUCAAAUCGACGACGAAGAGAACUCCGGUGGGAGCGUCGUCGAACGUCGAGGACUCCAGUUCGUCUAACAGAAAUCAUCGCCGGUCGAGGAGUCUCAGCCGAUUCUCGCGGCGGCUGGAUGAGCCGGCAGUGGAAUUCGGCGAUGUUCCGGCACCGAAAGGCAGAUUCGUGAACACGAUCAGAGGUUCGGAUUUUCCUGAAAUCAGCCUCGACGAUCUCGCAAUCGAGUUCUUCCCUUUCAAGGACCCGAAAAGUGACAGAGAGAGCGAGAGAGGCCGGUCGUCUCGCCGGAGUUCCGAAAUUAGCCCUUCCACGGCGGGGACUAUAUCAUCGCAAAGACGGGGGAGAUCUUCGUCGAGGCAGAGCUCUGGAGUGGGUGAUGGAAAAAGUGAUUGUUGUAAUGGUUCUGGUGGGGGGAGGGCGGGUUUGGAUGCUAAUUCGAGGAGGAGGAGGUCGGUAUCAGCGGUUCGGAGUCGAAUUAGUGAUUCUGAGAGUGAUAUAGAUCAUUCUCGCAAUCCUGGCAAUCAUGCAAAUACGAAGAGUUUCAAGACUGGAAAUAGUCAGAUGCUUUCAUCACAGAAGCCAACAGCAUCAAGUCAUCGACGAUUUGGGAGGUCUCUCAGUCAGAAAAAUCUAUCCAGUGUAUAUGAUGACUACUCUACCCCGUCUUCAGCCCUAACUGAUGAUGAAGCAAGGGAUUCUCGUUCUAGUAAAAAUAUGAUUGAGAAGACAAUUAGAGCAGUUUAUGCGCAGAAGAAGGCAGAGCACCCUACUGGGGACGAUGUGAGCGGUGGUGGGUUGUAUGAAGCAAUGAGAAAAGAACUUAGAUAUGCUGUUGACGAAAUUAAGAUGGAACUUGAACAAGCCAUGGUGAGAAAAACGUCUGAUUUAGCAAGUGUUGAUUGUUUGCAGUCAGACAAUUCUGAUGUUCUUCAAACUGUUUCAGUGAUAAGAAAAAACUAUGCAACAAAAUUGGAACAGUCAGAGAAGCGUAAACAAGAUCUAUUGGCUGAGAUAGUGUUAGAGGAGCAACAUGGUAGGGAGCUCUCUAAGAUUGUGAGAGAAUUGCUUCCUGAUCCAAAAAGCUCGGUAGUUGCAGCAAAGCCAUCACGAGCCAGAAAGAGGAGUAAUGACAGAAAUAGGAUGUCUAAGCGAUUGACUGAAGAGGCAGAGAAAUAUUUUGAGGAUUUCAUUUCAAAUGUUGAAGAUACAGAUAUUUCUUCUUUUGAUGGAGAAAAGAGUGAUACAAGUUCAACUUUAGGAGGAACAACAAAGCGAAGAGAUGCUGUGGUGCGUUGUGUUGAAACUGAGACUUUUCAAAGUCCAGUAACAUCUAAAUCUCUUCCUGUUGAGAUGGAUGGUCUAAUUUUACCUUGGUUGCAAUGGGAGGCUAGUAAUGAUGGUUCUCCUCUACCAUGCAAGAACAAGAGGCAGUCUCCCGUGACUCCAAAAACCAUAUUGUGGGAUUCAUCUCAGGAUGAGAUCUUGACACAUGAUCCAAGUAGUCAUUCCACUAGCAGUCGUGGGAGUUGGAGCCCCGGACUUGUUGCUGGUCCUUCAAUGACUGAUAAAGAAGAUAGGGGAAGCAUCUUCAAAGGUCGUAUAAGUUGCCAACGAUCACAGUUUGACAUGGACAGGUAUAUUGAACUUCAACGUGACGAAGAUCUUCUGCUUGAAAGAUGGAGAGAACAAAACAAAAUCAACUCUGGUGGUCUAUUGCUUUGUAGCAAUGUUUCAGCCUUUCCUUUUUCUUUCUUUUGAAGACUAUAUAUAUCCCAUUAUGAACCAAGUCAAUUUUGUUUAUAAUUGGUUGAAUUAUAAAUCUUAUGAAGUUGUGAUUCACAUCAA